CUAACAGCGCGAGCCCAGCACUGCUCAGAAAAGACAGAUAGAGAAUCAGGCGGCUGCAAGGGGUGGCAGUACGACCCUCUUUUGGGGGGGUCUGAUUAUAACAAAAUAUAUACACACAUAUAUGCAUGCCCAGGGCCGCGAGAUAGGUCAUAUGGCGAUUGUAGAUAUUCUAGCAAACAUCUAGAGGUCUAUCUAUACAUUUCAAAAUGCCUAUUUUACUUUUUCUGAUAGACACGUCCGCUUCUAUGAAUCAGCGCACUUAUUUGGGUACGACGUAUCUGGACAUUGCUAAAGGCGCGGUUGAGAUCUUUAUGAAGCUGCGUGCCCGAGACCCGGCUAGUAGAGGCGACAGGUACAUGCUAGUUACAUUCGAUGAUCCACCAUACGGCGUAAAGGCGGGUUGGAAAGAGAACCAUGCCACAUUCAUGAGCGAGCUGAAGAACCUGCAGGCAUCUGGACUGACUACACUGGGUCACGCCCUCCGCGCCGCCUUCGACCUGCUCAAUCUCAACAGACUCGUCUCUGGCAUCGACAACUAUGGUCAGGGUCGGAACCCUUUCUUUCUGGAGCCAUCGGUCAUUAUUACGAUCACCGAUGGAAACAAACUGACACACAGCUCUGGGGUGGCUGAGGAGCUACACCUGCCGCUGAAUUCCCCGUUGCCGGGUAGUGAGCUGACUAAGGAGCCAUUCCGCUGGGAUCAGCGGCUCUUCGCCCUGGUCCUGCGGAUGCCAGGAGUGGCCGUGCCGGACAGCGAGCAGCUGGGCAGCGUGCCCACUGAUGAGUCUGCCAUCACCCAGAUGUGUGAGGUCACUGGAGGGCGCUCUUACUGUGUGAGGACGCAAAGGAUGCUGAACCAGUGUCUCGAGUCUCUCGUCCAAAAGGUUUUGAGUGGAGUUGUAAUUCACUUUGAGAAAAGCGGCCCAGAUCCACCUGUGAUAGGCGAAGAUGGUCUUGUGGAUCCAGCUCGUCCUUUGUCGUCAUUCAGUCCACAGCCCUGGCACAGCUGCCACAAGCUCAUUUAUGUCCGGCCCAACCCUAAGACGGGCGUUCCUGUGGGUCACUGGCCAAUCCCAGAAUCCUUUUGGCCUGACCAGAACUCCCCCAGUUUGCCUCCUCGAUCUGCCCAUCCUGUGGUGCGGUUUUCCUGUAUCGACUGUGAACCGAUGGUUAUUGACAAGCUGCCUUUCGACAAAUAUGAGCUGGAGCCUUCCCCGCUCACCCAGUACAUCUUGGAGAGGAAAUCUCCUCACAUGUGCUGGCAGGUGUUUGUGAACUGCAGCGGCAAACACAGCGAUGGAGCCCACCCGUUCGGCUACCUGAAGGCCAGCACUACGCUCACCUGUGUCAACCUCUUCGUCAUGCCUUUCAACUAUCCCGUCCUGUUGCCACUCCUUGAUGAUUUGUUUAAAGUGCACAAGCUAAAGCCAAACCUCAAGUGGCGGCAGGCCUUUGAAAUGUACCUGAAGUCCAUGCCUCCUUACUUUCUCUUGCCUCUCAAGAAGGCGCUAAGGAUGAUGGGAGCCCCAAAUCUCAUCUCUGACAACAUGGACUGUGGCUUGAGCUACAGUGUCAUUUCCUACCUAAAAAAACUCAGCCAGCAGGCAAAGAUUGAGUCAGACCGUCUGAUUGUGUCUGUCGGUAAGAAGCCUCCUCAAGAGACGGGCAUCAAGGUUAAGAACCACUCGAGUGCCCUGUCGCUGGCACACCGCCGCGAUUUCAAGCAGCUCCUGCAGGGCAUCACAGGCGAGGUUCCCCUCCGACUCAUCGACAUGAACUUCAAAGAGUUCGCUGGUUUCCAGAUUGCACUUCUCAACAAGGAUUUGAAGCCCCAGGCCUAUAGGAACGCUUAUGAUAUUCCGCGACGGAACCUUGUAGAUCAAGUGACUCGGAUGCGUUUCAACCUUUUGAGGACAACACAGAAGCUAAUCAGAGGCCAGGAUGAUGACUCCUUGCACAGUAUUCCAGUGGGGCAGAUGGGAAAUUAUCAGGAGUAUUUAAAGAUGAUGCCAUCACCUCUGCGGGAGAUUGAUCCGGACCAGCCCAAACGACUGCACACAUUUGGCAACCCAUUCAAGCAGGACAAGAAGGGAAUGAUGAUCGAUGAAGCAGAUGAGUUUGUGACAGGCCCGCAAAAUAAGAAGCGGAGUAACACUGGGGAUCUUAACUCAGGCACUGCCCUGAAGAGGAGGAGGAGUAUGUCCCCUCUGCUGCGCCGGCCCCAAACUCCUCCAAUAAUAACCAAUCAUGUCCUGGGGAAGGGCCCUACAGGGACUCAGGGCCAGCAAGGAAUCAUAAAACCCAUCCCACUACACAAAGGAGCUGAGGGAAACAGUGUAGGAGACACAGAAAGCAACGGUGAGCGAGCGUCUGACGGGGAGGCUGCAGACGGGUGGCCUGGAGGAGUGGAUGAAGAGGGAGGAGGACCUGCACUUGUGGAGGACACAGGAGAGGUGGGGACACCAGACGGCGAGGAGGAGGGAAUAGGAUUGGAGAACUGUCUGGAUGAGAGACCCGCCGAUCUCACACAGAACUGUGAGGACCUGAGUCCUCCGGGCCAGGAGGAGGCUCUGGAGGGCAACGGAGGAGACACACCAGGCACAAUUGUCAUGAUUCCCCUGGAGGGGAGUAACGCGGAGCUACGCACUCGGGUCAUCAAAGAAGUCCGCAAGCCUGGCCGCAAUUAUGAGGCAAUAUUCAGGUUACUGGAGGAGGUGAAGGGGCCAGCAUCAGUGCAGAGGUACUUUAUUCAUCACGCCAUCAAAGAGGCAGCCAGGUGAGAGCUCUCUUCAAACGCUCACAUGCCUUUCUCCUCUCACCAAUGACACGGGUUUCCUAAACACUUCCUCAGCAAACUAACAAAUGAAUCAUUCCCCCACCGCUCUCUAACGAGUAUAUUUCUACAUAUCCCCUACAGUGUU